AGUAAUUCUCUCCCUGUCCUCUGAUUCUUUGAUUAGUAUGAUUAGUCAGACAUUGACCGCACUCGAGUGACUCCAAUUCUACUAGACACAUAUGGAGCCGUGACACUGAGACACACACAUCGUGGUAGCUGAAUUAAACUCGGGCCUGCCAUGUGGUCCUCUGCCAGCACCAGCACCACCACCACCACAACCACCACCCUGGGGCUUCUGGUGUUGGCGGUCCUCUUGAUGAGCGGCGGCGGCAGAGGCAGCCCAAUCAUCGGGCUGGACUCGUUCCUAAGCCAGCAAUCCCUGAAGGACCGACAAGGCUCGAACGACAGCUUCCUCUCACUGCCCUCCUCCAUCAAGAAAUCCCUCUCCCAGUCCCUCUCCCUCUCCCUCUCCCCCGCCUCCCUCCUCUCCCUCUCCCUCCCCAUCACCCUCUCCCUCCACCUCAUAGGCGACUUCCCCCCCGACACCCCCGCCCUCCUCUCCUCCUUCCUCUCAGCCCCCCCCACCACCCGCUUCCACCUCAUCACCCCCUUCGACCUCUCCCACACCCUCUCCCUCUCCCACACCCUCCACCUCCACACCACCCUCGCCCCCUCCUCCCUCUCCUCCCACCUCUCCCAAACCCUCUCCAAUCUCCUCCACUCCACCCCCUCCUCCCUCCGCUCCUCCCUCCUCCCCAUCCCCUACUCCCCCCUCGACCAAAUCAUCCAACAACACUUCCUCUCCCUAAACCCUAUCCCCAACCCCAACCACGUCCACCUCUACCUCCUCAACCUCCCCGAACCUAAUCCCAACCCCAAACCCUACGCCUACUCCUACUCCUCCGGCGACUCCUCCCCCGCCGUCACCAAAUGCUCCGGCACCUUCUUCACCUCCUCCCACCGCUACCUCUGGAUCGACCUCCGCGCCGGCCCCGUCGACUACGGCCCCGCCAUCUCCGGCGACGGCGUCAUCCCCCGCGGCGAGUUUCACCCCCUCGCCGCCCUCCACGCCCGCCGCGUCAAAUCCCCCAAAGCCUUCGCCGCCGACCUCGCCUCCCUCGUCAACAGCGCCUACCACACCUUCCUCGCCCCCUCCCUCCGCAUCCCCGUCCCCUUCGAAACCAACCUCGUCGUCCAAUUCAUCCACAUCCACUCCGGCGACGAAACCGACCUCCACGGCCUCGAUUGGAAAUCCAUCGAGAAAACCUUCACCUUCGAAAACACCAACAAUGAUCGGUUGCUGUUAGCCGAUCAGACCCUCACCUUCAAGAAUUACCAAAUUAGGUUUUCCGAAUGCUCCAUUUGCUCCUUCGCCAUCUCCCGCGCCACCAAUUCCUACACCUCCAGGUUCCUCUUUGACAACUACACUCUCAUUGUGAGCGAGUAUUUGGAUUCCAAAAGGUUGCACCAGAUUUUGUCUGACUCUGGGGAGGAGCUGAGGAAGCUCGCUAAGAUUCCUGAGGAGGACUACGGGAGGCUUAUUCCAGUAUAUGUAUUUGACUUGGAUUACACGAAUCUGUUGCUGCUUGAUCGGUUUCAUCAAUCAGUUGCGUUUAAGGAUAUGGUGGUUGCAGUGAGGACCAAGAAUACUCAGACUGUGAGUGAUUAUAGCUGCAAUGGGAGGCAUGUGUUUACACAGACCAGGGAGCUCGAGAGGCCGAUCGUCGGCUCGAUUCUGCAGAGUAUGUGGGGCGUGUCGCCCACACAUUUGAAUUGGAGCCCCCAGCAUAAUGAGACUUUGCUGGAUUAUACUUGGAGUAUGGGACAGACGCCGUUCGGGCCGUUUUCUGAGAUGAUGAGUUUGUCCUUUGUGCAGAAGGAUGCUGCCAGGAGGAAUGUUCUCUUGACAUCGUUGAAUUACAGCAUAACAAGUGCUAUAGAUGUUCUUCAGUCUGUGGAGACUCAUGGUGGGGCGAAGAACCUGCUCAAGCAGAAGCAGCAUGUGGAGUUUGUGCAGAGGUGGAACCUUUUCAAGUACAAGCUCAACAAGGCGGUGUCUUCGUUGUCGCAUUUGGAUUUUGAGAUGGCUUUGUUUUACUUGAGGUCUUCGGAUCAUGAUCUCUAUGCCAUUCACUCCAUUGUAUAUCAUGCCUCCCAGGAGAUAGAGGCGUCCCUUGUGUGCUUUAGGGACCCUCCCUUUCCCUGGGCUCCUGUGUCGAUAUCUGCAUCGGCUUUCCUAGCUCUCUCUUAUGUUUAUGCAAGACGGGACAAGCUUUUCAGAAACAAAAGGAAGCAAUUUUGAUGCUCUCACUCACUGGAAGAGGACAGAACAGAAGUUUGUAUUAUUUUAAGGAAACACAAAACAUGUUGUACAAGAGAGGUAUGCUGAUGCAUUAAGUAUUUAGAUUGCUUGAACUAUAUACUCCAGUUCAACCGGAUGUUUCCCUACCCUUUUUUCUUCAUACUCUGAUCAGUUUUGUUUUCUUGGAUUUUUCUUCCCUUUACCUUUUCAGUAUUAUGACACUUGUUGAUCA